UAAAAUAUAACAUUCUCAAUGUGGAUUCGCAUCUAGUCCAGCAAUGCAUUUAAAAAUACAAUUUUCUUUAUUUAUUGUUUUUUGUUCUGGAUUUUUUGUUGUAAGUAAUGCUCUUCGUAAAAGUGAGGAAAAAUGUAGAGAUUAUGCAAAAUUAGUUUAUUCAAAGGAAAUUGUUCCCGUUUUGCGAAUAGAUGGCGAUUAUAAACCAGUAUCAAAAUGUGGAAUUAUUGAAACCCCUUUGAUUAUCGGAGGAAUUAAAGCAAAACCUCAAGAAUUUCCACACAUGGCUGUUAUUGGAUACGGAAAAGGAAAUGAAAUUUCAUGGCAAUGUGGAGGUUCUUUGAUAUCGGAAAAUUUUAUUUUAACAGCUGCUCAUUGUGUUGAAUCGCUAGACAAAGGUCCAGCUUCAAGAGUAAGAAUUGGCAUGACAAAUAUAAAGAAUCCAGGAAGUGAGAUGCAAGAAAGAUGUGUGAUUGAAAGAAUAAAAUAUCCUAAUUAUAAACAACCAUCGAAAUAUGAUGAUAUUGCAUUACUGAAACUUGAUAAACCUUUGGACUUUAAUGGGGACGUUAGACCUGCUUGCUUGGGAAUAGAACCGGUAAUCCCUGGAAAAUUUACAAUUGCCACUGGCUUUGGCAAAACUUUAUACGAAAAUAUUAAGGGAAGUGAUGAUCUGAUGAAGAUUCAACUUGAAUACGUGUCACAAAAUAUUUGUAAUAAUAGUUUUAAAAUAGAUGUCGGAAGUAAAUCUCUGCCAAAUGGCAUUAAAUCCAGUAUGCUCUGUGCUGGAAUUAUAGACGGAGGCAGAGAUACAUGUCAGGGCGAUAGUGGAGGUCCUUUGCAGAGAGUCUUAAAAGAACCUUACUGCAUGUACAGUAUUGAUGGAAUUACGAGUUUUGGAAAAUUUUGUGGCUUCAAAAAUUCUCCAGCUGUAUAUACAAAAGUGAGUUUUUAUCUCGAUUGGAUAGAAAAUAUUGUUUGGCCUUGAAAGAAAAAAUAAUGUAAAUUAUUUAUGUCAAAUAAAAAAAAAAAUAAAUAAAUAAACAAAUUUAAUC